AUGGCAGCUUAUGCAGCUCUUGUUUCUCUAAUGAAUACUAUUGAUCAGAUCCAAUAUCAUCCUCCCCCUUACGUUUCUCGUACAAAGAAUCAGAUAGAAUCUCUUUCCAAUAAGGUUGCUUUUUUGCUAGAUUUCAUAGAGACUAAUCAUUCUCACCAAGUGUUGGACAGCCAAAUUGCAUCUGCAGCCUAUGCUGCCGAAGAUGUAAUCGAGAUUUACGGAUUCCAACGAAGAACCUCGCCAUUCAUUCGCUUCUUCGAUCUAAAGAAAGUUAUACAAGACAUGGAUUCUGUCACGAAAGAGGUUGUUAGUUUUAAGGAGGAAAGAGGAGCAUUCAAAGAUCAUGAUCAUCAUCAACCGGCCGCCGGCCCCACGUACUCAAUUUCCGCUGCCACGUCAUCAACAACGGCGCUUACUAGUGCGGAAACGAGCGCGGCCGCGGUUUCUUCGGGGCUCGAUGACGAGUUGAUUCAACUUAUGGAAAGGCUCGUGGGACAACGAUCGAGUCUGCAGAUCAUCCCUAUUGUAGGUAUGGGAGGGAUUGGUAAGACUACUCUUGCUAGAAAUGCUUACGAAAGUCGAUUAAUUUUGAAUCACUUUGAUAUUUGUGCUUGGGCGGCAAUAUCUCAAGAGUAUAGUGUGAACGGAAUCUUUUCAAAGCUUCUUUCUUGUCAAAGUAAAUCCACCGGUGAGACGGGCCGAGAAGAUCAAUUAGGAGAGAGAAUGUAUAAGAGUUUAGUAGGCCGGAGAUAUUUGAUUGUACUUGAUGACAUGUGGAGUAUUGAAGCUUGGGACAAAAUAAAAAGAUUCUUUCCCGAUAACAACAAUGGAAGUCGAGUUGUUGUAACUACUAGGCUGUCAAACAUGGCUACUCAUCUUGGCUCGGAUUCGUACCUUUCGAUGAAAUUUCUGGAUAAAGAUACAAGUUGGAAGCUAUUUUGCGAGAAGGCAUUUCCACAAGAAGGUGGUGGUUGCCCUUCUGAAUUGGAGGACAUCGCGAAGAGGAUUGUUGGAAAAUGUAAAGGACUUCCUCUGUUAAUUGUUGUGAUCGGGGCAGUUGUUAGAAAGUCCUCUAAGACACAAGAAUAUUUGGAGAAUUUAUCGCGAAAUAUGAACUCGAUUUUGGAUUCGGAAGAGCAAAGCUUGGAUAUAUUGUCUUUGAGUUAUAGGCACUUACCUGUCCAUUUAAAACCGUGUUUUCUUUACAUGGGAAUUUUUCCGGAAGACCACGUCAUUCGUGUAUCCCGACUAAUCAAACUUUGGGUAGUCGAGGGAUUUAUAAAACCGAACGAGACCCAAACGUUGGAAGAGGUUGCAGAGGGUUACUUAAAGGAUCUCGUUGACAGGAAUCUCAUUAUAGUCGGUACUUUUGGGUCGACCGGAAAAAUCAAAACUUGCCACGUCCACGAUCUUUUAAGAGACUUAUGCCUAAAGACUGCUCACAAAGAGAAGUUUCUUUAUGUGGUGGGCGUUUCCGACAGUUCACAAGGCAUAAAUGACGAGCGUAGAAUUGCAGUUCACAAAGAAACAUCAUCGUACCGCAUGGCGUCAUUAUCACUCGCUCGUUCUCUUAUAAGCUUUGGCCACGAUCAACCAUCAUUAAAAUACUCUCCAUUGUUGAGAGUGUUCAAUGCGGUUCGUGUAGAGUCAAUAGACAAUAUUUUCGAGUCGAUCUACUUGCGUUGCAUUUGUGUAUUCUAUUCAGCGAUGCCGCAACUCUCUCGCAAGCUUCCGUCUUCGGUAUCCCUACUAGGGAAUCUGCAGAUGAUAAUUAUCGAAGAUAUCAUGAGAGUCGACCAGAUAAGAAACAUUGAGAUUGUAACGGAGGUAUUUUGGGAAAUGCGGCAGCUUAGGCAUCUACAGUUCAACUAUAUAGAUCUUCCAAAUCCUCCUCGUUUGAGAGGUGAAGAAGAAAAUGAUCGCGUUGUUUUGAAAAACUUGCAGACACUCGAGAAAGUAAUUGAUUUGUUUUUGAGCGAGGAGGUGUGUAAGAGAAUCCCGAAUGUCAAGAAAUUGAAGAUAAUACUUUUUAAGGAAUGGACUUCCAUGUAUUGCGCAAAAAAUCUCCGCAGACUAAGUAAACUCGAAUCACUAAAAUGCGAGUUUCUUGUAAUUCCGCGUCGGAGUUUAUUGCUCAAGAAUUUAUCGUUUCCGAUUUCGCUCAAGAAGUUGUCUUUACGAGGUUGUUCUCUUCAUUGGGGUGAUUUGACAAUGAUUGGUUCAUUGCCAUAUCUUGAGGGUCUCGUCUUGGGAGUGAAUUCGGUUAGCGGGUCCGAGUGGGACCCGGUUGAGGGGGAAUUUCUUCGUUUGAAAUUUUUGGAGCUUUACUAUGUUACUGAUUUGAAACACUGGAAUGCGGACAGCUGUCAUUUCCCGGUUCUCGAGAAACUUGUGCUUACGGAAAUUAAUAAAUUGGAGGAGAUCCCUUUGGGCAUUGGAGAAAUACCGACGCUUGGAUUUAUCGAGUUGGUUAGAUGCAGCGAAUCUGCGGCUAUUUCGGCGGUGAAAAUACUCGAGGAGCAAGAGAGUCUCGGGAAUGAGGGUCUUUUUGUUCGAAUUAUGGUGAAUUAUAAGAAAGAACUACAACAAUUUGAGAGCUUCACAAGCAAUAAUUUGCAUGUUAGUAGUUUCCGGCUGUGGUAG